CGUGCUCCCACGCCCGUCUCCAUGCCCGGCGAGCGCAUCCUCAUCACCGGCGGCGCGGGCUUCCUCGGCUCCACCGUCGUCGCCGCCUUCCUUGACCGGCACCCCGAGUUCCUGUACUCUGUGCUGGACUCCUCCGAUGACGAUGACAAUGACAACGACGCAGCAGCAGUAGCCGCGCAGCCCCACGUCGAGUACCUGCGCGCCGACGUGCGGGACGCGGCGGCCGUGCUGGCCGCAGUGAGGCAGGCCGCGCCGACCGUGAUUGUGCAUACCGCGGGCGUGGUGCCUGUGGGCGCGGCGCGGUACAGCCAGCGGCGCUGCGAUCGCGACGCCUUGUUUGCUGUUAAUGUCGACGGCACGCGGCACGUGCUGGAUGCGGCGCGGAGGUGCGGCGUCAAGGCUUUGGUGUACACGAGCAGUAGCACCGUCGUCACGGAUGAUGUUGAGCGUGAUUUUCCGAACAUGGACGAGGCGACGGCGCCGGUGGGCGGUGCUGGGUUGAUUUAUGGACAGUCUAAAGCCGCAGCCGAAGCCCUCGUCCUCGCAGCCAACACGCCCACUCUCCUCACCCUCGCCCUGCGCCCCUCCGUCCUCUUCGGCCCCGGCGACACGCAGCUCCUGCCCGCGCUGCACGGCCUAAUCCCAUACAGCACGGCCAUCACCCUCGGCGCAGGCAGCAACCUCUACGACUUCACCUACGUCGACAACGCGGCCCACGCACACGUCCUCGCCGUCGAGCACCUGCUGCAACUCCGCCCAACCCCAAGCCCAACCCCCAGCUCAUCCCCCCCCUCCCUUCCCGCAGGCGCCGGCCACGCCUUCUUCGUCUCCAACGCCGCCCCCGUCCCCUUCCGCGCCUUCUGCCUCGCCGUCUGGGCCCGCUUCAACCACACGCCCGCCUUCUCGCUCGCGGUACCGGCGCCACUGGCGUACUUACUCGGCUGCGCCGCCGACGCUGCCGCCCGCGUCACUGGCGCAGAGUUCGCGCUCAGUGGCGGUGCCGUCGCCGACGCGCUGCGCGUAAGGUAUGCGUGUGUCGAGCGGGCGCGCGAGGUGCUCGGGUAUGCGCCGCUGGUGGGGCUGGAGGAGGGCGUACGGAGGGCUUGUGCGGAUUAUGAGCGGCGGUUGGCGGCGGCGGGGGAAAAGAAGAAGGAUUGAGGAUGUUGGGGCCCUGCUGUACUGUCUUGUGCUGUGUGGACUGACUGGGUGCUUGCGAUGGAAGGGCAUGUCCGGCGACGUAUAGGUAUGCGUGCGUUGGUUGGCUGGGCGUGCUGAGACGUAUACCACGGCUUGAAACGGGCUUUAAUGGUUGGUUCUCACGCCGUGAUUUGCGGCUGACGAGACGUCGUCGUCCGUGUCUCCUAGAUUAACUGUCUCUACGCCUUGGCUGGCAUUGACGAUCUCUAAGCUCUGGGGAAUGCGAAGUACGCGUAUGUCUCUACGAGUACUCUCGUACAAAUACC